AUGAUUCCAAAUACUUACAGUUAUUAUUCUGAAGAGAAAAGUCUCACAGCACCAUCAACUCGUAGUACAGCUGGUAUCAACAGUGGUGGUGGUGGUCUUAAACUGUAUGGUAAGGAUCUACGGGACUUUGAUGAUGCCGAUUUAGAAGGACUUCUAUCAAAACUUUCGCCUGAAGAACUCGAGGAUUUGAACAAUGACUUCGAUCCAGACAAUUCUAUGCUGCCUCCAUCGCAGCGAUGCCGCAAUCAAACAACCAAGCAGCCGACUGGACCUUUCCAACGUGAAAAGUUGUUGUUGUAUCUGGAGGAAACAGCCAAGAAAGAACAAGAUUGGGAAGAACACGUGCCGUUCAGUCCAGGUGUCAAACGAGGCAAGGUUUUCGAGCCAAAAGAAGAAGAAGGCCCCAAAAAGCCGGAUGGGGAAAUGGAAAUGCCCAUCGAGCUGGAUGUGGACGAUGAGGAUGAUGAAAUCGACGAGGCACUAAAUGAGGCGCAUGAAAAGGAUUUAGUGGAUUUGGCCGGUAUACUCGGAAUGCAUAAUCUACUUAACCAACCACAGUACUACAACGCUUUAAAAGGCAAAGCCCAGGACGAAUCAACCGGUACAACGUUUCGAGGUGUCAUAAAAGCGUUUGAACCGAAAGUCAUUGCUGAAGAACCCGAAAACCAAACUGAUGUGGACGACUGCAUUAAGCGAUUGGAAGCUGAUGACGAAGAAUUGACUGAAGUGAAUAUAAAUAAUCUCAAGAGGACGUCAAAAGAGCGCAUUAAAAGUCUUAUCAGAGCAGCUUGUGCUAGCAAACAUAUUAAAAAACUAACCAUGGCUAAUACUGGCAUAUCGGACCAGGAAGCAAGGGGCCUGGUAGAGCUGCUAGAGACGUCACCAUCUUUGCGCGUUCUCAACAUUGAAUCAAACUUCAUAUCGCCUGAGCUGCUCGCUAAAUUACUUCGCGCUACACUCACCACUCAAAAUCUGGUUGAAUUUCAUGCCGAAAAUCAGCGUGCAGCAGUGCUCGGUAAUCAAAUUGAAAUGGAUAUGAUGUUAUCAGUGGAGGAGAACGAGACUUUACUGCGUGUUGGUGUCGCAUUUCAAUCGAUGGAAGCCCGUCAUCGAGUUUCAGAAGCUCUUGAGCGCAACUACGAACGUUUGCGGCUACGACGACUGGAAAAGGCUUCAUGA